CCUUCUACGGGGACUUGCAGCUCCCCGAUUGUUCCUGAGAAUUCGCAGCAAGAAUUUCUUCGCUGGAGUUUGAGGAGCGACUCCAGGGUGUCCGAGUGUGUCCGUGAGAGUCCCAGGGAGAGUGAUUCUCCGCAGCCAACAUGCAGCCCGGCCUGCCCGCAUCGUGUGUCGCUGCCCUCGCCGCGGUCCUGCUCUGCAGCAGGUCCGUCACGUCGGUUGUCGCGCCAAGUAACAAUGCCUUGAGCGACAUUGGACUGAUACUGGAUACAACGAAAUGUUCGCGUCUUCCUCCACCAGUGAAUGGCUCCAUCCACUGCGACAUCAUCCAGACAUGGACCGAAUGCACGGCCUCCUGUGACCCUGGCUUCGCGUUCUCGGGAGGCAACAAGCAGAUCAACUUCGCGUGCUCCAACUCCCUCGGGCUGUGGAGUCCCACGGACAGCGUCCCCGACUGCUUUCCGCUGUGCUUCGCGAACAGCACGGGCUGCCUCAACGGCGGCGUGUGCGUGGCUCCCGACACGUGCUCGUGCCCUCCGUACUACAGCGGACUCCGCUGCGAGGAGAGCCUCAAGUGCGUGGUGACCAGCCAGCCAGCCUUCGGCAGCGCGCAAUGUUCCGAUGCGGGCGGGUUCCGCGUGUGCUCGCUCGCCUGCCAGGCCGGCUACCGGCUCGCGGGCCCGCAGGCCUACGUGUGCGAGCUGUCCACGGGCCACUGGUUCCCGAGCCUGCCUUCCAGCCCGGUCGUCAACGCCUUCCCGGACUGCGUGACCGGUCGGCCCACCUGCCCAGACCUCGCCCCGCCGGCCAAUGGCGAACUUCUGUGCAGCGAAAACGACGAGGGCUUGAUGACCUGUCAGGCGAGCUGCUCGGACGGGUACACGUUUGUUGAGCCAGUGCCGGACGCGUACAAGUGCGUGGAUGGGAAGUGGUCACCCACAGACUCGGUGCCCAAGUGCGUCGAGGUGUCACUGCCCCUAUCGGACGGGAUUCUGGGAUACACGACCGGCGUCUUCAGCCCAGUCGGCAAAGUGGCCUCGCAGGAGAUGGGAUACGGCAUGGCGUGGGGUCAGACCCACUACCGCACCUUUGACGGGAAGAUCUACAGAUUCCGCGGCCUGGGCUCGUACCUCCUUGUGGGAGACAUGCAAGACCACACCUUCCACAUCUACGUCAACAACGACAUGAACCCAGAGUGCGGGCUAUCUGGCGCCCCUGCGUGCGAGCGCUCCCUCACCGUCCUCAUGGAGGAAGUGCGCAUCGAGCUGCGCCGCGACUCGGACGGCCCCGCCGCCUUCGCCCAGGGGGAGCGACUCAAGCUGCCCGUCAUCACCUACGGCGUGGUCAUCGAGCAGUCCGCCUCCUACAUCCUCCUCAAGUCCGGCCUGGGAUUCACCCUGCGCUGGGACGGCGCCGACUCCGUGUUCGUCCAGAUUUCGGAGACGAUGCUGGGCAUGACCUACGGGUUACUGGGAACCUUCGACCGCGACUGCAGCAAUGACUUCACCUCCAUAACCGGGCAGCUCACCAGCGUGGCGAUCACUUUCGCCGCCACGUUCCGCGUGAACGCCCUGAGCGCUUACCCGAGCCAGGCAGACUUCUGCGACUUCCAGCACACACUGUCUGGGUUCAACCCCACGUCCCUGUCCGCGCUGCUCGCCUGCAAAGAUCUGCUCAACACGGCCUGCAAAGACGUGGUGGACCCUAUCCCCUUCUACGACGCGUGCGCCGAGGACAUUUGCCGCGCCGGAGGGGACGCGUCCUUCGUGUGCGACUCGAUGGCCGCGUAUUUCCGCGAGUGCUCGCGGCACGGGAUCAGCGUGGAGUGGCGCUCCGCUCAGCGCUGCCCCAUCCAGUGCCCGUGCGGCAUGGUGUACAACAGCUGCGGCUCGUCGUGCCCCAAGACCUGCUUCGACGCCACGUACGACUGCGAGGACGACCUCUGCAUCGACGGCUGUCACUGCCCCGAGGGCACCUACCUGCACAACGGCACCUGCCUCAAGCGCGAGGAAUGCCCGUGCCUCUACAUCCGCCGCGAGUUCACGCCCGGCACGCGCAUCCAGCAGGACUGCAACACCUGCAUCUGCCAGUACGGGAAAUGGACAUGCUCACAAAACCAAUGUGACGCCACGUGCGCCGUGAUCGGCGAGGUGUCGUACACGACGUUCGACGGGCGAACGUACGAGUUCGAAGGCGAGUGCCAGUACACGCUGGUGCGUGGCGUCAGCAGCUGCUCGACAUCGCUCUCCUACCAGAUUGACGUGCAGCUCACCAAGGACUGCAACCAGGGCGGCUUCAGCAGGGCUGUGAUCUUGACCGUGAGUGGAGAGAGCGCUCGGCUGGGUGAGGCAGGGCAGCUGCUUGUCAGCAACAGUGAGGAGAAGCUCCCGUACGCGGGGCAGGGCUUCCAGGUGGAGCGGGUGUCACAGGAAUUCGUCAAGCUGACCCUUCUCAACGGCCUCACGCUGCUUUUCGACGGCCGCAACCGCGUGUACGUGACCGCUCACCCGGCGCUCAUGGGCAGCAUGGAGGGGCUGUGCGGCAACUUCGACAACCACCAGCUCAACGACUUCCGCACUCCGCUCGGAGACGUCGAGAGCGCGCCAGGGGCUUUCGCCAACAAGUGGAAGGCGCUGGCCACGUGCGCCAGCGCCGCCGUGGAGGUGGUCGACCCGUGCGAGAUCAACCAGUACCGGCGUCUACGCGCCCAGAGCGUGUGCGGUCUGCUGCUGCAGGCACCCUUCUCACAGUGUCACGAGGUGGUGAGCCACCACACGUACUACGACUCGUGCAUGAACACCCUCUGCUCCACCGACCUCACGUGGCCCGAGUGCGACUCGCUGGCCGACUACUCGCUGGCGUGCGUGCGCGCCGGGGUGGCGAUCGCGGGGUGGAGAGACGCGGUGCCCGAGUGCGUGGCGCUGUGCCCCAUGGGGAUGCAGUACCUGGAGUGCGGGAGCGCGUGCGACGCGUCGUGCGGCUCGCUGGCGCUGGAGCUGUCGGCUCGCGUCGACUGCUCGGAGCAGUGCGUCCAGGGCUGCAGCUGCCCGCCGGGCUCCGUGCUCGACUACGAGGGCCGCUGCGUGCCGCCCGAGGACUGCCCCUGCGUGUGGGAGGGCAUCUACUACGUCAGCGGAGAGGCGCGCAUGCAGGACUGCAACAUCUGCGAGUGCUACCGCGGCAAGUGGCUGUGCACCACCAACGACUGCGGCACCAAGGACCUGUGCGGCCCCCACCAGGAGUACGUGAGCUGCAAGGACCCCGAGCCGCUCACCUGCGACAACAUGCACCUGCCGCGGACGCGCAACACGCCGCAGCCCUCGGCGGGACGCUGCGCCGGCGGCUGCCAGUGCGACAACACGACGGUGUGGGACGCGGCGACGGGGGCCUGCGUGCUGCCCCAGGAGUGCCCGUGCUACCACGGGGGGAUGAGCUACGGCGAGGGCGAGAGCAUGAAGGUCGAGUGCAACUUGUGUGUCUGCAUAAACCAGCAGUGGCAGUGCGAAACUAAGCUGUGCUCGGGUCUGUGCACGGCGUACGGCUCGUCGCACAUCAAGUCGUUCGACGGCAAGCUCUACCAGUUCCAGGGCUCGUGCGAGUACGUCUACGCGCAGAGCAUCGUCGACGGACCCCUCGGCUCCUUCGCCGUGUCGGCCGAGAACGUUCCGUGCGGCACCAGCGGCACCACGUGCACCAAGGCCGUGACGCUGGCGGUGACGCGCGCCGGCGUCACCCACCGCCUGCGCCUGGUGCGCGGCGAGCCCGUGGCGGCCGACAGCGCCCUCCUCUUCCACGUCUCCUACGUGGGCCGCUGGGUGUUCGUGCGCACCGACAUGGGCGUCACGCUCAGCUGGGACCGCGGCACUCACCUGCAGAUCAAGCUGGACCAGGGCUUCAGCAAGGGCGUGAUGGGGCUGUGCGGCGACUAUGACGGGAACCAGCUCAACGACUUCACCACUCCUCAGGGCAUCGUGGUCAUACAGGAGGACGCGUUCGCAGACUCCUGGAAGGUACGCAGCUACUGCCUGGACGCCAAGCUGGUGACGGACACUUGCGCGCUCUUCCCGCAACGCGAGGCCUGGGCCAAGCGCAAGUGCGGCAUCAUCCGCUCGGAGGCGUUCGCCGCGUGCCACGCCGAGGUGCCCUACUACGUCUACUUCGAGCGCUGCGUCUACGACGCGUGCGGCUGCGACUCGGGCGCCGACUGCGAGUGCCUGUGCACGGCCGUGGCCGCCUACGCGCAGGAGUGCAACCGCUACGGCGUGUACGUCUACUGGCGCACACCCGAGUUCUGCCCGAUGCAGUGCGACGGCUGCAUGCGCUACGACCCGUGCGUGCCCGCCUGCCCCAAGACGUGCGAGAACUAUGAGCGCUACGAGGAGGUGUACGCGAGCUGCCCGGACGUGUGCGUGGAGGGCUGCCGAUGCGUGCACGACAAUGAGGUGUUCAACGAGCUCACGACCAAAUGCAUGCGACUGGAGGAGUGCGUCUGCAAGGUGAUCGACGGAGUCCUCAUCUACGACGGCCAGAAGAUCGACUCCCUGUCGGACGAGUGCAGGAGCUGUUACUGCAUGGACCACGACAUCCAAUGCAUCGGUCCUGCCGUGCCCCAAGACGGUCACGCCUCCGCCGUGGGAUCCUGCUGACACGACCUCACCACCUUGCAAUGUCGAUUCCACCACAGCCACCUGUCGAUUCAUUCCCCCGGAGGACUGCCCGCCCGAGGACCUGCACAAGUGCGCGUACACGUGCGAGGCGACAUGCCACGCGUACCGCUACUCGCUGCUCGAGUGCCAGGCGGGCCACGACGAUUCCUGCAUCGACGUGUGCGGCGAAUACCCGCGCUGCGCCGAGGGCUACCUCGUGCGCGACCCUGAGACGUGCGUGCGCGUCACCGAGUGCACGUGCUCGCUGCCCUGCGGAACCGUCAUCCCGCCUGGAGGAAUGUGGGAAAACGUCCCCGAAUGCUUGAGAUACUACUGCUGGAACAACAUGCUGCAGCAGCAGGAGAUACCCAACUGCAAGCCGGAGACAACCACUCCACCACCUUGCACGUCGACCACAGCACCUGUGACGCCCUGCAGCACCUCCGCUCCCCCAGCACCUCCCGCAGCACCCUGCCACCUUGCUCAGGCUUCACGACAGCACCACCCAUCAGCAAGAUCUCGACAACAGUCACCAGCGUGCAAACGACCGCGCCUCCGUGCGGAAGCACAGUCCCAUGCGGCACGACCGUCAGCGGCGUCACAACGUCAAGCACGAAGGACACGUCCGGGACUACGCCCGCCACCAAGAUCACAACCCCGGGAUCGGAGUCGACCACGCCAUGUGGCUCUGGAGGACCGUGCAGUUCCACCACACCUCCUGGAACAGUUAGCACAUGCAGCACGGAGUCACCUGCCACAAAGACAACUCCGGCAGUGACGAAAAUUGUCACCACAAUCGUACCGCCCACUGGCACGGCAGCACCUCCAUGUAGUUCUACCGGUCCAAGCGGUUCCACGGUGCCAGUACCAGAUACCCCAUGCAGUGCCACAACUGGGAUCACAAAGACAACUGAGCCGCCUCCGAAGGUGGUCACUACCGUAGAACCAGCUCCUCCAUGCGGUUCCACAGGUCCAUGCAGUACCACACCGCCUGGCCAACAGUCUGUUUGUAGCACUGCACCAAUAACCAGCAAGACGACUCUGACACCGCCGCCUGUUACGAAGGUAGUCACCACCUGUGCACCAAACAGGAUAGAAACGAAUCCCCCGAGUAGCUCGCCUGGCCCAUGCAGCACCACUGUGCCCUGUGGCGGAUCCACGUGGCAACCCGGUGUUUCGACCGCGACGACACCGGCAACAAAAUCAACACCCAGCACAAUACAAACCUUCAACAACGCACCGCCAACUGGAACCGACGCUGUGGCCCCGUGUGGACCCGCUGCGCCCUGUGGCACGACAGCUUCUGGCAGCUCAGCAGUGCCGGGCGGUGAGGUGGCGACUGAAGUUGUUUACCCACCAAAGAGCAGCGCAGCAGGUAACACCUGCGCCGUGCAACUCAGGAACAGUGCCUGGGUCAGAUGUGACGACUUGCAGCACCGUUACACCAUUCACCAAGACAACUCUGACACCUCCACCAGUUCCUCAAAACAACCUCGUUGAAACUGAUACCACCAUGUGGUUCUAGCGUAACACCUGCUCCUGGCGAAUCUGCUUUCAGCAGUGCAGCACCUUCCAG